UUGAGGAUGCGCCAACAAGUUGUGCCCGGGAGUUGAGGCCUCGGCCGAUGUAAAACUGGCCCUCGAAAAACACAAAACCCGGUUCCACGCGGUGCUUUAGUGGCUAAAAGUGAAAGAGCUGUCUUGGCAGAAUUCAGCUCUAUGAAUCACUUCGGAAAAUUGGUUCGACUGAAUGGCUUUAGGAAGAAAAACGUUUUAAUAGGAUCCAGGGGAGGUUCUGCUGUUUCAAUCUGCUCCUUAAACAGGUGGAGAUUGGACCUUCUCAAUUAUACAAACAUUUGAGGGGCGGCGGCCGCGGAGACAGCCCGGCAGGCGCUGGGAACUCAGGGGCCGCUACGGGAGACGCGCCGCCGCCCCUGUCAUCCCACUUCGAGUGACUUCAUGUGAUGUCAGCUGAAUGUAAAAGACAGUGAUCUUACGCGGAGGGGAAGAUGUUUGCCAUCAAAAUGUGACAGAGAAGACACGCUUCAUGGCUCGGAACGUAUCUCCCUGGCGGUGGGGGAAAGAGACUUAGAGGAGAGCGGCUGCUCCUGACCCAGUUCGGCCCCGCUAGGCUCCAGUGCACCAUGGCCAGCUCGGCUUCCCUGGAGACCAUGGUGCCCCCGGCCUGCCCGCGCCCUGGAGCAGCGCCGGCCACUUCCAAGACGCUGGCCUUCUCCAUAGAGCGCAUUAUGGCCAAGACGUCAGAGCCCCGCGCGCCCUUUGAGCCCCGGCCCGGGGCGCUGGAGGUGGACAGCGGCCAGGGCAAGAAACUAAUCAAUCUCUGCUCCCCUCUGCCCUGUAUGAUUCCCCUGCAGCCUCUGGGCUAUGAAGUGCCAUCCAAGACACUACUCAGUUACUCCGAGCUCUGGAAAAGCAGCCUCCGGGCUGGCGGCGGCGGAGGAGGAGGCGGUGGCGGGGGGGCCCCAGUGUGCAGCGCCAGCAGCUUGUGCAAAACCAACUGUGGCGUGUGCUGCAAGGCCGAGUUAGGCCUAGCGCCGUCCGUGCUGCCCGCAGGCAGGGUCAUCAAGCCUCAGGUCAUCAACCAGGCCAUGGGUCUGCCGGCCGGCGGGUCGCUCUACUACUUCAACUACCUGGACUCUGCCGCAUACCCACCUUCCGAGCUGCUCCGAGGCCACCUCUUCCCGUCUGGCCUCAACGCGCAGGCCCCUGCUGCCCUGUCUGCUCACCCGAAGCUCUUUCUGCUGGAGAACGCCAAGCUGGCCAGCCUGGCCUCGGACAAGUUCCCUCAUGCGCCCCCCUAUCACCACAAAGAUCGUCUGCCCGCCCCACUAGAGCAGGUGCUGAAGGAGAACUCAACCCUGAGCGCUGCCGAGCGCGGAAGCGUGAAAGGCCACAGCAAGCUGCCCGGGGGUUCCUCGGAUGGCAAGCCCAAGAACUUCACCUGCGAGGUGUGCGGAAAGGUAUUUAACGCUCACUAUAACCUCACCCGACACAUGCCGGUCCACACCGGAGCCAGACCCUUCGUGUGCAAAGUCUGUGGGAAAGGCUUCCGCCAGGCCAGCACGCUCUGCAGGCACAAAAUUAUCCACACCCAGGAAAAACCACAUAAAUGUAACCAGUGCGGCAAAGCCUUCAAUCGCAGCUCCACGCUCAACACUCACAUCCGCAUCCACGCCGGUUACAAGCCCUUCGUUUGUGAAUUUUGCGGCAAAGGCUUCCAUCAAAAAGGGAACUACAAGAAUCACAAGCUGACCCACAGUGGUGAAAAACAGUACAAAUGUACCAUCUGCAACAAGGCCUUCCACCAGGUCUACAACCUGACCUUCCACAUGCACACCCACAACGACAAGAAGCCUUUCACGUGCGCCACUUGCGGCAAAGGGUUCUGCAGAAACUUUGAUUUAAAGAAACACGUGCGCAAGCUCCACGACAGCAUGGGGCCGGCCACUCCUUCCGCAAAGGACCUGGCUCGGACAGUGCCGAGCUGAGAGCUGCUGCCGCACCCUCCUUUCCAGCCCCGGCCCACCCCGAACAGAUCACAUGUGUACACUUAUAUUGCUGAAAGGAAAAGAAAAAACUGUUUCAGAGAGGCUAGAAUUUAUUUAUCGAAACCAGCAUAUUUUUGGAAAGCUAAAGGUUUCCUCGAUGACCGGCAUACGCGAGGCUCCCACCUUUGUUAUUCAGGAAACGUAUUUUCACUCCAGUGCACUGCAAGGAAGUUCAUUCCAGGCCUGGGCUUCUCCGGAGGCUGGUUUUAAUCCCCCAGAAGAACGCGGCGCUCUCAGCCAUCUUUAUACAGCCAUGUAAAUUCUCCUGUACAAGCGACCACGGAAUAUAUACGUAUAUAUGACUCAAUAAACAGAAUCAUUAGUGA